AUGCCCGGUCACGUGACCCACCUGCUGCUCCUUGGCUGCCUGCUCUGCCUGCUCGGCGAUGUCCCGAGGACCGCGGCCCUCCACCGCUGGAGUCCCAUGAUGAAGGCCUUCCGCUAUUUCCAGGAGACGAUGCUCCGGAACAGCCUGGAGCGAGCCCACCUGAACCAUGGGAUCGUCUUCGAGUGUCGCACCAUUUCAGCAAAGGACUUUGGCAACGAAGUGCAUUUCAAUCUGCAACUUGGGGACCUUCGAGGAUUUCGUCGGCUUGAUCCUAAAAAAAAGUUGGCUCUAUUUUUGCACGGAUGGAAUGAUCAGGGCAGCAAGGAUUGGGUGCAAGAACUAUUGCUGACUUGGACCCUUUUCGACGCCAACUACAAUGUGUGUGUCGUGGACUGGGGCAAUCUGUCGCAGAAUGACUACAAGUCCGCUUCCAUGUCCAUAUUCGAUGUGGGUCUAACGGUGGCCGGGAUCAUAAUGGCGCUGGAGGAGCUGCGGCCCGCCCACUUCCAUCGCAGCAACGUGACCUUGGCGGGCUACAGCUUGGGAGCCCACGCCGCCGGCUACGCGGGGGCGGUGCUGGAGGGUCAGGUGGAGCAGAUCAUAGGGCUGGACCCCGCCGGACCCCUCUUCUCGCUGCCCGCCGAGGUGGCGCCCAAGUACCGCCUGGACCCCGGCGAUGCCCGGUUUGUCCAGGUGCUCCACACCUCCGGCGGAUCCCUGGGCACGAGUCUGAAGUGUGGACACGCCGACUUCUAUCCCAACGGCGGCAGGGCUCCCCAGACCAACUGCAAGAUGUUCGCUAAUCUGCGGGAUAUGCAAAACACCAAUCCCAUCUCCUGCAGUCACUCGGCGGCUGCGAUCUUCUUCCGCCAGUCGAUGGAUCCCGAGUACCCGUUCGUGGGCCUCGAGUGCGGGAGCUACCGGGAGUUCGCCGCCGGAUAUUGCGAUGCGAACCGGAAGGCGCGCUUCGGGAUCCAUUCGCAGAGGCGUGUGCAGGGGAGCUUCUACUUCCGCACCGCCCCCCAGCAGCCGUACGUGCAGAGGCGCCAGUCGAACUGGCUGAGCGGGGUGGGGCGCAUGGUGCCGGAGGGCGGAAGGAGCCCCCUCGUGCUGCGCCUCUGGACCAGCAGCUGGCGGCGGCGGGAGAGAGCGAGAGGGCGACAGCGGAGGGAGCGAGAGAGAGAUCGCUGCGCGUGA